CAAGUUGCCAGCGCCGCGCGCGGCCGCUGAUUGGAAAGCCGAGCUCCGCUCUGCUAGGAUGCUGCGGGCAGGAGCACCUAGCGCCGGCUCGUUCCGGACGGAAGAAGUCCACACCGGGACAACUAUCAUGGCGGUGGAGUUUGACGGGGGUGUCGUGGUGGGUUCUGAUUCCCGGGUGUCAGCAGGAUCAGCAGUAGUGAACCGAGUGUUCGACAAGCUCUCCCCUCUGCACCAGCGCAUCUACUGCGCCCUCUCAGGUUCUGCUGCUGAUGCCCAAGCCAUUGCUGACAUGGCCGCCUACCAGCUGGAGCUACACGGGUUGGAACUGGAGGAGCCGCCCCUCGUUCUGGCUGCUGCAAACGUGGUGAAGAACAUCUCCUACAAGUACCGUGAGGACUUGUUAGCGCAUCUCAUAGUAGCUGGUUGGGACCAACGUGAGGGGGGCCAGGUGUAUGGAACCAUGGGCGGGAUGCUUAUUCGACAGCCCUUUACCAUCGGUGGUUCUGGAAGCUCCUACAUUUACGGUUAUGUGGACGCAGCUUAUAAGGCAGGCAUGACCCCCGAGGAGUGCCGGCGUUUCACCACAAAUGCCAUCGCUCUGGCCAUGAACCGAGAUGGCUCCAGUGGGGGUGUCAUCUACCUGGUCACCAUUACAGCUGCUGGUGUGGACCAUCGAGUCAUCCUGGGAGAUGAGCUGCCAAAAUUCUACGACGAGUGACCAACCCCCCGAAGUCCCUUCCUUGUUUGUAAUAAACUUUAUGGAACCAGA